CAGUUUGAGAGUAGUGUUUGUGUGGCGGGUGUUCUGGAGCGCGGGUUGUGUGUGGAAGUAUCUGAGACACAAUGCGGGUGCGCGCGCUCUGGCUCCGGGCUGCUUGUUUGGGCCGCGCGGGUUCAAUUUCUGGUUCUGGUUGGUUCUGGUUUCGGUGCGGGUUCUCCUCCUCAGCGCUUUUACCCGCGCGGAAAAAGGUGAGCGAGUACAGCGCGGUGGACUCGGAGCACUACUCAGCCCUGGUCCGGAACGUGGUGUCCUCCAGAACCAGCGCGCAGACCCCGGAGACCAUAGAGGAGGAGGACGGCUGGCUGUUCGGAACCGUGGUGAAGUCCAGACCCAGCCAGGAGCCCAGAUCCCUGAAGAACCCGUGCAGCCUGAUUGACAGCAGCAGAGUUCUCCACUCAGAGCACGAGGAGACGGAGAUGACCCGGAUUAAACUGCAGAGAAACACAGAACAGCCCAGUGUUCCCAGUGUGACCAGAAUCCUGCAGAACACCAUGUCUCCCAGUCAGCUGUUCUACCUGGAGAGGUGGAAGAGGAGGAAGAUAGCUGAGCUGGGGGAGGAGGGAUUCAGGGAGUACAGCCAGAAUCUGUUUAGGCAGGGGAAACUGUUCCAUGCUGCCAUUGAAAGUUUUUUAACUCAAAAAAGCUCCCCUAAAGAAGAAGUGGAGACUCCUGAUGAAGUGUCUGGGUAUUUGGAGAGCAUCGGUCAUGUGCUGGAGGACGUUACAGGAGUCAGAGCUAUCGAAAGUGCAGUGGAGCAUCACACACUGCGCUAUUUAGGAAUUGUGGACUGUGUCGCCAUGUACAAGGGUUCGCUGUGUGUUAUAGACUGGAAGACAUCAGAGAGGCCUAAGCCUUCCCUUCACAACACAUACGACAACCCCCUACAAGUGGCUGCCUACAUCGGUGCCUUAAAUAGUGACGACAACUACAAUUAUCAGGUAGAAAACGGACUGAUUGUCGUCGCCUACAAAGACGGCUCACCAGCUCACUCCCAUUAUAUGAGCGAGAAGCAGGUGCUGCAGUACUGGGAGAAAUGGCAGUUUAGAUUAGAGGAAUACAUGGAGAAAGUUAUUCAACAUAAAACUGCUAGAACUGACUGAAAACCCCAGUUCAUACCUGAUAUUAUCACGCGUCCUGAGUGAGCAGAUCAUCCACACAGGUGCAAUAACAAGCUAAUGAAUGAAGGUAAUACUCUUAGAUGGAGUUUGACAGUAAUUUGUGAUACCAACGGUAACCAAGAACAAAAAUAAAGAUACCUUUAGUAGAUUUAUUAGAGCUGUGACCUCCGGGUUUAACCAUUAUCCACUUCCUCUGUUUCUGAGGAACAUUUUUAUAUGGAAGACUAAACAGAUCAGUACUGUAUAGUGCUUUACUGUACUCUAUAUUUUGUUUGAAGGUCAUGUUUGGUCCAGACCUUUGAUGUUUUUUCAGUUUUUCAAUCAUGGUCUGUUUUUUUUUUUUUUUUUUUUUUGAACGGUUUGGACGUUCAGACCAUUUACAGAAAGUUGAGGCAGGCUAUCUUCGCCCUUUAAACAAUAGAAGAAGAAAAAGAACGGUUACUGUUGCUGAAUUCGCGACUCCCCCUGGUUGUCAGGUGCGUCACGCAGCAGUAUUAAAGUGCAGUGUUAAUACAGAUCUUCUGUAACUGUAGAAAAAACUUUAUUUAUAAAUAGUAAUAAAAGGAAUCUGAGGGGAAUAUUUUAUGCUCAUUUACUCUGUGGGACAAACCUGCAAGAGAGUUGCAUUCUUGCAGGAUGGCAGAAUUCGGCACAACACCUACAACAAAAUCCAGCAUAUUCUACAAAUUAACCUGUGUUGACUUGUAAAAAUUUUUUUUUGUGCAGUCACUGAACUGUAAUGUAAAACGGAGUGAGAUUUCCUGCUGAUUAAUAUGUUUUCUUAUUUGUAAGAUUCGUUACUGAAUUCAAAGUUUUGAUGUGUUUUACAUCAGUUAUAAACAAAUUUCCUUCUUCUCUGCCUACACUGUGUGUAGAGUUUUGGUAGAUAUUUGAUGCCUCAGGUUGUUUUUGCUUUGUUUAAAGAAUAAAACAUGUUAUUUUAAUACA